AUGAUAGACCAUGUAUUGGGUCGACCAUCUUCAAAGUCAAGGCGACUUCAAGUCUUGGCUGUGCUAUCCAUAUGGUCCUUUUAUUUGUACAGAGGACACAAACAUGGACCUCCCGGGGCACAAGCAAUCUCCAAAUUCUUCACCAAGCGCCUUACUGCAUGGCAAAUAUCUGCCUUGACGAUCAUCUACCUUUAUGCUGCUCGAAACUUCAGCGCCCUCGUUGGCCUGGCUAGUCCAGAGCCGAUGGCCAACAUGUACGACACUACAUACUUCCGCGCAACAUGGGUUUUAACCGCGUUGGAUGCUGGAUUCUGGACGGCGAUGAAGAUCAAAGUCAAGUGGAUCAGGGACCUGGCGAGCAUAUUCUUCUCGCUCUUUUACCUCGUGGCGGCAGAACGUGCGGAUGAAAAGGUCCGCAAGGUCCGAGGAAUGAUCACCGUUGACCAUCUGCGUGUUGCUUGGAAUAAAGGCACAACGCCAUAUUUGAGCGUUCUACAGAGACUGAUGCGGCCCCGAUUCACAAGGUGGCCGCCAAGGCAAAUCCGCAUUCCCCGACCAGCAAACAGUGAUUACAAAGAGCCCGUCAUGGGCUGGCUGUACUACGACGGGCCGUUGGCGGACUUGCUGCAUCACAAUAGACUUGUACUGGAUGUUCCCGGCGGAGGUUUUGUCGCCAUGGAUCCCCGAUGCAACGAUGACAAGCUGCUUGCCUGGGCGUCGAAAUCCGGACUGCCGAUUCUCAGUUUGGACUACAAGAAAGCACCAGAAUUUCCCUACCCCUACGCCGUCAACGAAAUAUUUGACGUGUAUGAUGCCAUUAUCAAUACAAAAGGACGCUGCAUUGGCAUGUCAGGCUUGGAGACGCCUCGAAUUGUUAUAACUGGUGACAGUGCCGGAGCUAAUUUGGCUGUUUCUGCGACCUUGAUGAUUCUCGAGACCAGCAACGGGGAGUUUCGAAGAUUUGGCGGCCGGGGAUCCCUGCCAGCCCCGGAUGGCUUGGUUUGCUUCUAUCCUGCACUGGAUAUGAAUAUCGGAAACUGGAUGACGGACGAGCAAAUGUCCUUGAUUAGAGACCGAAAGAUGCGCAAGACUAAUAGAUCUAUUGCCAGACGUAAGAGCAUGCAAUACAAUCAACUGGUAGGAACACCUCAUCACUCAGAAGACGAAGACGAAAUCACUCCCCCGGAAUCAAGUGCCAACCUCCCCAGGAGCCCGCAUGACUGCCAGCCUCAGUUCUCUCACAGCGGCCCUCAGACUCUAACCCCUAGCAAGGAGAAGGAGAAGGCGAAGGAAAAGGACAAGGAGAAGGAGAAGGCAAAAGAUGGAGGGGAGAAAAAGGAUAGCAUGUCUCAUCACUCGCAGCCCAUGCAGACCCGCCUCGCGACGUCCUCAAUGAUCUCCUAUUUUAAUGACAGAGUUCUGACCCCCGAGAUGAUGCGAGCUAUGAUUAUUCUUUAUAUUGGACCACACAAUCGGCCCGACUUCUCGCAAGACUACCUGUUAAGCCCCGUUCUCGCGCCCGAAUCACUCCUUGCCAAGUUUCCGAAAACCUACUUCAUGACCGGUGAACGAGAUCCCCUGGUGGACGACACUGUUAUUUUUGCGGGCCGCCUGCGCCGCGCCAAAGAAGCUUUGGCAAGGGAGCAAAAUCGCCCAUUUGAUGACACCGAGGCUGCUGAAGUCGCGCUCAUUCCCGGUGUCUCUCACGGGUUCAUGCAAUUCCCGGGUAUCUAUCCGCCUGCGUGGAAACACUUUGACCGCUGUGUUGUCUGGUUCGAACAGCUCUUCCUCGACGCGGAGCAUGUGAGAACUAAACAUCAACGGCCGGCUCUUCUCUCUCCCCGCAUCGAUAGGGUGGCAUACCAUAACCAGCAACGUCAGCAUCACCAACACCACAUGGCAGAGUCCAGCGGUGACGAGGAUAAACCGUUAGAGAUUAGCAUGACCAAGCUAAAUAGAGGACGAAGCUCGACUGUGUCUGGGGGUGCAGAAAAGGCUGAGCUGGUGCCGAACGGGAAGAGCGAUGGUGGCACAUCGAAGCCGAAGAAGAGGAUACUGAGCAAGAACAAGAGCCUGAUUAAGUUGAAGAGCACGGAUGAUUUGUUAAACAGGAGAAUGGAAGGACUGGCAGGUGGCUUGACGGGGACAGGAGAGGAGAAUUAA